AUUCACAUUUUAGUCUUUCUACGUAGCCCCAACCCCUCAAUGCAUAUGAUUGGCUGGUGAUAUAUAGACCUUUUUCUAAUUGGAACUAAGUUUGAUUGACAGAUUUAUAACGUGCAACGCUAGAAAAAUAUCUUCUGUGUUUUUUAAAAAAGAAGAGCGGUGUAUGGCAAAGUGACCUACAGAGCAUUAACCAUGAGCUGUAAUGAGUCGAUGGCCUGGGGAGGGGCAAAUUUGUCACCGCAUCUGCACACUGAAGAGUGCAAUGCAAUCAUCAGCCUGCUGAAGCAAUGCCACACAGAUAACAGUUUCAUGAAAUAUUUGGGUCGAUGCAAUGAUUUUGACCGAGAGAUGAGAAAGUGCUUAAAAAAAGAGUAUGAAGACAAUAGAGCAAAAAGCCGUGCCAAAUCCGAGCAGAUGAAACAGAGGCUUAUAGAUGCUCAGAAAGAGGCGGAAAUCUAAAACUGGCUCCUGGGAGAGCAAUGUAUAAGGUCCAUACUUGCCAACCUUGAGAGAACAUGGUUUAUCUCUGGGACAUCAACUGUUAUAAGCUAUUUAUUGAACUCUUAAAUAAUUUUAGUUUUUUUUCUUCUUUAGAACACUUUGACUCUACCUACAAGAUCCUGUUAAAUAUUUCCAGAAAAAUGUUUUUUCCUUGAAAAUGUGCAUGAAAUGAAAACACAUCACAAUUUAACAACUUACUUCCUUUUCAAGGGCAUUUUAAAAUUGGUUUACUAUGGCUUACUCAUCAAGUUUAAUUUGUUCAGAUGUUUCUGAAACUCUUAGGUAAAUAAAAAAAAUUGCGUUAACUGGUUUUAUAUUCAGUGUGUGAUCAUUGUAAAAUAAAGAUCUAUUGGGUGAAA